GGGAUCAACAUAGGAAACAAAUCCCCCACAGUACUGAAUAAGCGAUCCGGAACACUCUCUCUGGCGCCAAAACUUUCUGUCGCCGACCCACCAACAAAACCAAUUUUCUCAUUCUUGCUUUUUACCCACCCUCGUUUUCUCCUCCUCUCGGAAUAAGCGAUCCGGAACACUCUCUCUGGCGCCAAUGGAAGCCUCACCGUCCUGGAGCUCGGCGUGCUCCUAUGCUCCGUUGGAGUAAAACCCUCUGGCAACCGGAUCCACCAUCUACCCGUCUCUCUAUGGACGCCGACGCUUAGAUUACGGCUCCUCAAACCACCAAACCCAAACUCGUCCACCAUCGAAUCCUCGAAUCCCAGCUGCAGAAGGAGUUUCUGGGAUUUCAGAUUGUUUUCAUUGAAGAACAAGGGUUGGCGGGGGAAUCAAUUGGUUAUUUAUUUGUGGGUUCACUGAGAAUCAAUUCCUAAACCUUCACUACAAUAUGGCACCCAAAAAGAUGACGCUUGCUGCUCGUCGAAACCUUCACUACAAUAUGGCGCCCAAAAAGAGGAGGCUUGCUGGUCGUCAAUGGAUACAAAAGAUCGAGGAAAUCCAUAGGGGCCCAGUGGAAGCGAGACGCCCUGAAUCUGAGGAUAUUCCUACCGAAUUCAAAGGAGCUAUUGUGGAAGCUUCUGCUGCCGUUGUCAGCCUAGAAUCAUAUCAUGCAGGUCCAGGUGGGGAGACGAUGUUCGUGGGUUCUGGGACCAUUAUAGGAUGUGAGGAUGUAAAUGGGACGUACUCCAGUACGAUUUUAACUUCUGCAACUCUCCUUAGGUCAUCUACUGAAUCAAAUGCUAUACAAGAUGACAUUGAGGUUAAUGUGUAUCUAGCGGAUGGUAAAUCAUUUAAGGGUCAUCUAUCCGCUCAUGAUUUACAUUUCAACAUUGCUACUCUCUCUGUCACAUCUGAUGUAGCAUUGCCUACUGCCCGUCUUAGACCUUUGGAUGAUUCUAUUUCCAUAGAUCCCAGUGAGAUCCUUCGUCCCGGAGAAAAUGAGGUGGCUUCCCGAUCGUUUCAGCUUCAUCGUCAUUCGGAUUCAUUUAAAAUUUGUCCUGGAGACACGGUUGUAGCCCUUGGCCGCCAUUGUGGUGAAACCCAUGAACUAUGGGCUGCUCUUGGCAAAUUGAGUGUUGAUUGUUGCAGGUUUGAUUGUAGAGAGCUUUUCAGGGCAAACUGCCGUAUUUUAAAAAGUGGUGUCGGAGGACCCCUUAUCAAUCGUCAUGGAGAAGUAAUUGGGGUCAAUUAUAUUGAUGCUGACUGUACCCCUUUUAUGCCAAUCAACAUAGUUUCCAAAUGCUUGAAGCGAUUUCAAGAAAAUCGGCAAUCCUGUCGACCUUGGUCUGGCAUGGAAUUGACUAAUCUUUAUGCAGCACGCAUAGGCAAGUUGGAAAAAGUUAUCUCAAGGUUCAAUAUCUCCAAAGGUGUACUUGUUGAAGAGGUUAUAAAAGGAUCCCCUGCUGAACAAGCUGGUAUACUCCGGGGUGAUGUUAUUGUUCAAUGCGGGAAAAAGUCUGUUCAAGGUUUUUUGGAGUUCUUUGAUGUAAUGUGGGAAAAUGUUGGGAAGUCUGUGGAGGUGGUUGUGGUAAGAGAAUCAAGUGCUGCUCAUUUGAAUCUGAAAUUGGUCGUUGAUGAGACUAGCACUGAUAAAGUAAAUAGAUGGCCAAUCCCCGAGUCAAGGUGGGUUAAAAUAGGAGUAAAUUAAAUGGCUUAUGCGUCGAUGACAUGUUCUUCAUGGAAUGGUGUUUUGUUGGCACUAGAAAUCUAUGAACAUAGAUCUUCAGCACUAUUUAAAGUGAUGUCCGCUUUGGGCACAUUCAACAUUGUUUUGCUUUCAAGUUUAGGUUGAACUAUUUGUUAUUGGGAGGUUUGGCCAGAGGUCCCAAGAAUGUAACUUUUUAGGGUCGGACUGAUGGAUGAUGUCUGUCGACUAAUGCCCAGUUGAGAUAUUUAAGUUAUGAAACUAUUUAUUUUCUCCAA